CGGUAGAGACACGACAUUAAUUGUCUUACAUAACUUUAGUAAUAAUAAUCAAUCAAUUGUAGUCAUAACUAUUACAAAUUUUUACUUCUACAAAUGAUCUAUGUCUUCUGUGUAUACGCAUAAAUCAUCGUCAACAUUGAAUAAAACUAAUGUUGUCAAAUUGGAUAACUUAACAAAAAAUAAUACUGACUGUCAAUCACCAACAUCUAUGAACGAUUUGGAAUUAAUGAAUAAAUAUUCCACUGCACUUAUAUCACAUCGAAAAUGUUUAUUGAAAUCUGAUGAGAAAUUUGAUCAUGGUGAGAAACGAUUGAAUUUCCCACUGACAGAUUUUGAUUAUUUGGAUAAAUUCUAUAAAACCAACAGCAAUAAUAAUAAUAAUAAUAAUAAUACUAACUUGAAUUCAUCAUUUCAUAUUCAAUUACCGGAACGUCAUACAUUCACAGCAUCAACUGCUUCGUUAAUUGUACAUGUGCCUAGUUUGUCAUAUGUAAGCGAAGAAAUCGAUAAUGACGAUGAUGAUGAUGACGAUGACGAGAGAUCGGAUAAUGAAAUUUGUAAAUUAAAUUUAAAUACUAAUACUACUAAUAAUACUACUAAUACUACUACGAAUACUACUCAUAACAAUCAUCAUUCUCAAUCACAUCGACUCUGUCCAAUAUGUAAUAUAUUGAAUACAGAUUUACAACAACAAUUUGAUGAGUUUCAUUUAAAACGUUUUAUUAGUUUGUCAAUGAUCAAUGUAACUACAUGCGAUACACUAGAUGACAAUGCUGUUCAUGUUAAUCAUCAUCAUAAUAACAGGAACAUUGUCAAUACACCAAGAUUAUGGGAUAUUGUAGAAUCAUUUUCAGCGAAUUCAUUUAAAAAUUUGUGUUAUUUUCAUCAAAAUCUAAGUGUACAUUAUCAAAGAUUUUUAUCCACGAAUCGUGAUCAUAAUGAUAACGAUGUUGGAACAAAUUUACCCACAUCACUUAGUUUGCCAUGUUUGCAUAAAUCUAUUGAAUCGCCAUUAAUCAUGUCAACAGAAUAUGAGGAAAAUUACAUUCCACAUAUAGAUAGUGUUAAUAUAAUGUACCCUAGAAAUAUUCCUAACACUCCAUCGAUUUCAAUCAAUGAGGUGGAUGACACAGCAGAAAUUAUUUCCAACAGUUCACUACCACUACAACAACAACACCAGCCAACAAUCAGUGCCAGUAGUGAGUUCGAUGAUGCAACACGAAGUAAGUGUGAAACAUGGUUGAAUGCAACAUGGUCUAAGCCUUGAUAGUGUUUUUUAGUUGGUCUGUUCAUUUUUAUGUUCUAUUUGUGAUAAUUUCUACCUUUGUUUUUAUUGAUUACUGUUUAAAUAAUCAAUAUACACAUAUAUAUACAUACAUUUCUAAUUUGUAUCAUUUUAAACAAUGAUUUUUCGCGCGAAAAACAAACUGGAAAAAAAAACACUUGAACAGUUUCCUUCAAUUUUUUUUAACAGUUUCAUCAAUGUGUGCGCUCGAUUAAGAUGACUUGAUUUCAUUUGAUUUUAUAUACAUAUAUAUAUAUUUUUUCUGUGAAAAUUUUUUAUACACACUGAAGACAUUUUGUUUAUCUUGUUGGCGUCUGCCUGCCUCUCUCACUGGCUCGCUAGCUUGUUCGCUUUUCUCGCUCAUGCACAAAUACAUUUCGCGAAUGAAUAUUCUAUGUCAAUUUGACUUGCUGUCAUUGUGAAUGAUUUGAUUUCGAUCAAUCGAUGUUGUCAGUGUUACUGUUGUUAACAAUCUAGUGAUUGUUGGUGUUAUCGCUUUUCCAUCUCUCUCUCUCUUCGUGUGUGUGUGUGUGUGUGAAGUUUGAUUUCAACAAAUGUUCAACGAAAAACCAGAAAGAAGUAUUCUGUUGUUAAUGCUGGAAAUCCAUAGUCGGAAUUAC